AUGGAUGAAGAUCAAGAGAUGGAGAGGUUCGGAAUGGAUAAUGAUUAUGAAGGUGGUCAAUGGAUUGGUGACGAGUUUUACUACAAGAGUCGUAAAGAAAAACGCACUCAGACCAAGGAUGAUGUUCUUUUUGGAGUUUUUGCAGAUUCUGAUGAUGAUGAUGAUUAUCCAAGUAGAAAACGGAGGAAGGACCGUGAUUUUUCAAAGAAGGCAGACCUAACCAAGCCUGUCAAUUUUGUGUCUACGGGCACAUUUAUGCCCAAUCAGGAGAAUGAUAAUAAGUCCAAAGAUCAGAAUGAGAAAGAAGGUUAUGUUAGUGAGGAUAGGCCGGGGUUAGGUUUAGGUUUUGGUAUGGGGUCUGGUAGUACCUCUGGGCCUGGUUUAGGUUUUAAUUCUGGUAACGCUGCUAACGGUUCAGAAAGAAAUGAUGAUUCUGAUGAGAAUGGUCAUGAUAAUUUCUUGCCUACAGCAUUUGGGAAGAAGAUUAAGGAGGGGGCGAUGAGAAGGGAAAGGGAACGAGAGAAGGAGAGGAUGGAGAAGAAGAGAGGGAAGCAUCAGAGUUUAGCUCAAGAUGGGUUUAGUGAUGUGGGGAAAUUUGAGAAGCAUACAAAAGGGAUAGGCUUGAAGCUGUUGGAGAAGAUGGGUUAUAAAGGAGGCGGGCUUGGGAAGAAUGAGCAGGGUAUUGUGGCUCCUAUUGAGGCUAAAUUGAGGGCCAAGAAUUCUGGCAUAGGGUUUAAUGAGUCUAAGGAGACUAUGCCAGUGCCUGUUUUGCAGCAAGAGAAGAAGAAUGUGCAAGAAGUCUCCCAAACUGUGGUUAGCAAAACAAAAGAAAGGCUAUGGUCAAAGCAAGCAAGGUUGAAGAAAAAAAAGGAGGAAGAGUAUAUAACUGCUGAGGAGUUGUUGGCAAGCAAGCAAGAACAGGAGUUGGAGGUUGUUCAGAAGGUUUAUGAUAUGAGGGGGCCACAGGUUCGGGUAUUAACAAAUUUGUCUGAUUUGAAUGCCGAGGAGAAAGCAAAAGAAAAUGAUAUCCCAAUGCCAGAACUUCAGCAUAAUGUAGCGUUAAUAGUUCGGUUGGCCGAGGCUGACAUCCAAGAGAUCGAUAGAGAUUUGAGGAGAGAGAGGGAGACAGCACUUAGCUUGAAAAAAGAAAAAGAGAAGUUAGAAACUGAGGCAGCAUUUCAAAAGAAGCAGCUGGAUAAUAUGGAAGAAAUAAUGCAUGUUUUAGACCGUGUUGGAGAAGAAAACACUUUGGGAACAUUAACAUUGGAGUCCCUUGCUCAAUGCUUUAGAGAUUUACACAAAAGAUGUGCUGAUAACUACAAGUUGUGUAACUUGUCAUGCAUUGCUUGUUCAUAUGCUAUACCCCUUUUUAUCAGAGUGUUCCAAGGAUGGGAUCCUCUUCGAAAUCCGUCUCAUGGGUUGGAGUUAGUUUCAAAGUGGAGGGCAUUGCUUCAAGCAGAAGAUUCAGUCGAUAUAUGGGAUGUAUCAUCACCUUAUACUCAAUUGAUUUCAGAGGUUGUAUUGCCAGCUGUCAGGAUAUCUGGUAUAAAUACCUGGCAGGCACGGGAUCCUGAACCGAUGUUAUGGUUUCUGGAAUUGUGGGAAAAGUUACUCCCUCAAUCAAUCCUUGCCAACAUAUUAGACAAUAUAGUCAUGCCAAAACUAUCUAGUGCUGUAGAUACAUGGGAACCACACCGUGAGACCAUUCCAAUUCACACAUGGGUGCAUCCAUGGCUACCUCUGCUGGGGCAGAAGUUGGAGGGUAUUUAUCAGGUGAUUCGUUUUAAAUUGAGUACUGUUCUUGGUGCCUGGCACCCAAGUGAUGGUUCUGCUUAUGCUAUAUUGUCUCCUUGGAAAUCUGUAUUUGAUUCUGCUAGUUGGGAACAGCUUAUGCUACGGUUUAUUGUACCAAAGUUGCAGCUUGUCUUGCAAGACUUCCAAGUGAACCCAGCAAGUCAGAAUCUUGAUCAGUUUUAUUGGGUAAUGAAUUGGGCUUCUGCUAUUCCUGUUCACCUGAUGGUUGAUAUGAUGGAAAAAUUCUUCUUUGCCAAAUGGCUUCAGGUUCUUUAUCAUUGGUUGUGCUCAAAUCCUAAUUUUGAAGAAGUUACAAAAUGGUAUUUGGGAUGGAAAGAACUCAUUCCAAAAGAAUUGUUGGCAAAUGAAAGUAUCCGGUACCAGCUUAAUCGUGGUCUUGAUAUGAUGAACCAGGCUGUUGAAGGUAUGGAGGUGGUCCAACCAGGUUUAAAGGAGAAUAUAAGCUAUCUUAGGGUACUUGAGCAGAGGCAAUUUGAGGCUCAACAGAAAGCAGCAGCCUAUGCUCAACAGCAAGCUGCUGCUAGCUUAGGCGGUGCAGUCAGCACAGAUGGUGUGCAUGAAUUGAGCUUGAAAGAAGUCAUUGAGGCCCAUGCUCAGCAACAUGGUUUGCUAUUCAAGCUUAAACCUGGCAGAAUGCACAACGGUCAUCAAAUAUAUGGGUUUGGUAAUAUCAGCAUAAUAAUAGAUUCUCUAAAUCAAAAGGUAUAUGCCCAAAACGAAGAAAUGUGGUCUAUGGAAUCUCUUCAAGGCUUGCUAGAGUUGCAUAAUAAAUCCCUUAGUAAAAGGCGCUGA